GUUGCUUGCGAUAAUUACAAACAUAAAGAGCGGCUUGUCUUGAGCAUCUGAUUGCUUUGUAUCCCCUAUCUACUCUCCAAUCAUACUCACCGCCCUCGAAAUUAUCUGACCGCAACUACUUCUCGUCAUAAUGAGCUCAAAACCCAAGGUUCUCCUCACAGGCGGGUCUGGCUUCAUAGCAGCCCACACGCUUGACCAGCUCCUCGAGAAGGGCUACAAGGUCAUCACAACUGUGAGGAGCGAAGAGAAGGCCAAGAUCAUCCGCGAUGCGCACCCCAACGUUGGCAAGGAUGCGCUGGAGGUUGCCAUCGUUCCCGACAUCGCCAAGCCGGAUGCUUUCGACGAGGUAGUCAAAACGCCGGGCAUCGAGCUCGUUCUCCACACUGCGUCUCCCUUUCACUUCAACAUCGGCGACCCCAAGGAACUCAUCGACCCGGCCGUGAUCGGGACCACUGGUAUUCUCAAGGCGAUAGCUCGCUCCGCCCCUAAUAUCAAGAGGGUGGUGAUCACGUCAUCAUUUGCCGCUAUUCUCGACCCGAACCGCGCGACUGACCCUAACACACUGUUCAAUGAAUCUUCGUGGAAUCCCAUCACCUUGGAGAUCGCAGUUUCGAACCCUAACGACAAAGCUAAUGCAUACAGAGCAUCCAAGAAGCUUGCAGAGGAAGCAGCUUGGGCCUUCGUCCGCGACCCGGCCUCGGGUGUCAAGUUCGACCUCGCCACCAUCAACCCGCCCAUGGUUUUCGGGCCCGUGGUGCCCUAUUUCACCAACCUUGAAUCUGUUAACACCUCGAAUGAGCGCAUCGUGAAUCUGCUGCGUGGAAAGUGGAAGGAGGACAACGCCAUCCCAGACACGGGCCUGGCCUUCAUCUGGGUCGAUGUGCGUGACGUUGCAGAAGCCCACAUCCGCGCGAUGGAGGUCCCAGAAGCAGGUGGUAAGCGCCUCUUCACGACAGCCGGAACUUUCAGCAAUCGUGAAAUAUACGAGGUGACCAAGAAGCACUUUGGAGACAAGUAUGCCGACAAACUCCCGCCUAACGACGUAAAGGGUGGUGAGAUCCUACCGGAAGACAAACGCUACCGCUUCGACAACUCUGAGACGAACAAGAUCUUGGGCAUCAAGUGGCGAACUUUGGAUGAGAGCAUCGUUGAUGCUAUCAAAUGUUUCCAGACCGCUGGAGUUUAGAUACACGGCCAUGGAAUAAUCGCUUGAGACGCCGGGAUUGAGGUUUCAUCUCAAAUAUCUCAGUCAAGUGUUUAUCUUUAUGAAUCAACCUCCAUAGGAAUACUGGAUGUGUGCUCUAGGGCAGAGAUCUUUUUUAGAAUCUGAGCUUUCCAGAUGCGAUAGUCCCGUCGUCUUCUCUCGCUAAGAUAGUCGUGUCUCUCUUGUAGCAUUGUGUCAGCCUUGUGAAGCUGAACGCCAUCGUUGGCAGCGUUGUCUGUACUGUGACUGUCGACCACAACCUGGGCAUCUGCUAAAUCGUCUAUGCCGCGGAACCAGUCAUCCUCAAGCCACUUGCGGUCGUUGACCACCAUUAAUGCUUGCUUGAGCCCUCUAGGCUUUAGCUCGGACCAUUGAGCCCAGGCAUCAUUUUUGCUGUUUCCAUUGGCGUCGUUCUCCCCACCAUGACCGCCAGCCACGACAACCUCUUGGCGAGCUCUUGCCAUGGCAUCCAGAAGACGUUUCUCGAUAAUCUUAUAUUGCUCAUUGCUCAAAUUUCCGGCGGCAGUCGCCUGAGCGUUACCAACAGAAUUUGCUGCGUUGGUUGCUGCUGCGCGCGUGGAGUAAAACACAAUAGCCGCCAGAAGCGCCGUCAUAUUUUGUAGCACCCAUUCGUCAUCUGUGGGUUUGCCGUGCGGCGAGACGAUCGCAUCAAGACCUGCCAUGACAAAAGGAAGCACACGCGUCUCUUGGAGAUCAGCACAUACGAAACGGGCUGUUGGGCGUAGCCAUGGUGGAUGAUGUGCGCUUCUUGACGCGUUCGCUAAGCUUCCAUGUCGGUCAUUUGCCGAGUUUCUCGCGGAGACUUUGCCCCUGGUGCCGGAAGACCUGAACUGUGCAAGUGUUUG